UCCAAAUUCCACACAGUUCUCCCUCGACGAUAAUCGUCUCAUUAGGAACAAUAUCGGCAGCAUGGGUACGUAUAAUAAGUGGAACAAGUUUUGUAUGGUAUGGAUUGUUUUGGGUUGUUUGCUUGCGGUCGAGGUUUCGGCUACCAAAAACAUGCCAGACGACGCUCGGAAGCUACGGAACCUGUUUCCGCUGACGCUGGUGCAUAUCAACGAUUUUCAUGCUAGAUUCGAGGAAACCAAUCUAAAAUCCAAUAAUUGCACCGCGACUGAGAGAAGCACUGUUGGCUGCAUUGCUGGAAUCUCGCGUGUUUACACCACAAUCAAACGUCUGCUGAAGGAAUACCGAAACAAGAAUGUGAUCUAUUUGAACGCCGGUGACAAUUUCCAGGGAACGUUGUGGUACAAUUUGCUGCGCUGGAAUGUUACGGCGGCAUUCAUCAAGAAACUGCGACCCACUGUUAUGACUCUAGGUAAUCAUGAGUUCGAUCAUGGUCCGAAAGGGCUGGCACCUUAUCUGAAGGAGUUGGACAAAGCCAACAUUCCUACCGUUGUUGCCAACUUAGAGUUGAAUGGAGAGAAAGAACUAAAACAUUCGAAUAUCAAGAAGUCAGUCAUCUUUGAAAUUGAUGGGAGAAAAGUUGGAAUUAUUGGCGUGCUAUACGACAAAACACAUACCGUCGCUCAAACGGGCAAUGUGACUUUCUCCAACGCUAUCCAAGCAGUGAAGGACCAAGCACAAAUAUUGCGUAAGCGCGGGAUACAGCAUAUCAUUGUUCUCUCUCAUUGCGGUUUGGAUGAAGAUAAAAAACUCGCCACCGAAGCAGGUGAGCUUAUCGAUCUAAUUGUUGGCGCACAUUCACAUUCCUUCUUGUAUCCGAGUGACUCGAAGGCUCCAUAUGACGCAAAGGUGGAUGUGAUCGAAGGAGAUUAUCCGCUGUUGGUGAAGAGUAAGAACAGUUCGAAAAUGACCCCUGUUGUCCAAGCGAAGGCAUUUGGGAAAUAUGUCGGCCGGCUCACGGUUUACUUUGACAAUGAUGGUAAUUUGAAAUAUUGGGAAGGCUAUCCGGUGUAUGUUGAUGGGUCUGUUGAGCAAGACAGAAAAGUCGAAAAAGAUAUAAAACUGUGGCGCAAACGAGUACUUGAACUGGGAUCAACCGUUAUCGGACACACAAAUGUUCGUUUGAAUCGGGAUUCUUGCAGAUACCUGGAAUGUUCUCUGGGUACCGUAGUUGCUGAUGCCUUCUCGAGCCAAUGGACUAACGAAACUUUCAGACCAGCGGCAAUCAUCCAGGCAGGAAAUUUCAGAAACCCAAUUUACCCCGGAGACAUUACAAAUGGACUUGUCAUCGAGGCUGCUCCCUUCGGGUCAACGGUUGAUCUUAUUCGCCUUCGUGGACAAGAUAUUUGGGCAGCGGCAGAACAUUCCUUCACCUGGGAUGAUGAAAAUCGAACCAACUGUCUUCAAGUGUCCGGCUUGAGAAUUCGCAUAGAUGUGACCAAGCCAUUCUACAAUCGAGUUGUUUCGAUCGAUGUCCGCAACCAAUUCGACACCAAGAACGAAGUCUACCAGCCACUGAAUACUGCCAGCGAGUAUUACGUGGCGGUUCCCUCCUACCUUGCCGAUGGUAAAGAUGGUUUCGCUUGGAUGAAAAAUGCCACCUCUCGACAGACCGGACCGCUGGAUUCGGACGCAUUUUCAGAACAUGUGGCGAAGGUGGGUGUAAUUGAUGAUAUCCAGAGAGGACGCAUUCAGGUCUGUGCAAUCAACUGGGAUUGCAAGACUAAUGUUGCACUUUCAUUGAACGAAGAUGGAACUCCGCUAUUGUAAUAAACACCGCCAGUAGGUGGGUGAUCAAUUCUUAGCAAAGCGUAAUCAUAUGUGGCAGAACGUUGAGAAAUAAUAACAAAGUUUCUAUUACAAUUCGAUUCUAAUUUCGGAUACCG